AUGCAGAUAUUCAUAGGAAAGAUUCCGGCACAAGUUACUGAGGAGGGUAUCCGAGAAUACUUCAAACAAUUUGGAGAGAUUUCUGAGCUUAUUCUGAAGGACACAUUUGGAUUUCUGAGCUUUACAUCUGAGGAUAGUGUGACGAAGGUGUUGAACCAACGAUCCCAUGUGAUUGAUGGAGGAGUUAUAGCUGUGGAGAAGGCGAAUGGCAGAAAGAGGUCGCUGGCAACAGAAUAUAGUGAUAGAUAUGCAGAUGUAAGCCGUGCACCGUAUGAUCGCAAAUAUGUGCCACGCGCACCGUAUGAAACUAGGCCAAUGCCUCCUGGAAGAUACGAACCGAGAUACCCAGACAACAGAUAUGCGCCACAGGACUAUUAUCGUGGAGAACCAAUGCGAAUGGGCGGAGAUCCUCGUAGGGAUAGGGAGUACUGCGACUAUUGCAAUGGAUGUCCGAUCCAUGGAAUAAGAGAGACAAUGGAUCUGAGGAAAAGGCAUCAACCACUGACACCAAAGGACUAUCCAAACAACUAUCUUAAGGUCGUAUUUGAAAACAUUGCGCCUAACACUUCUAUUGAGGACUUCAAGACGUUUUUGAGGGAGAACGGAUUUGAACCAACAUAUGCCAGACUUGGAUACACAGGAAAUCAUGCUGUUAUUGAAUUUAAGAAUUUUGAUGACAAGGACAACUCAAUGAAGCAGUUUGACGGUGCAGAUUACCAUGGCCAUAUUCUCAAGACAAGAUCUUAUCUUCCAAAGGAUGAAUACAAGAUCCGAGAGAAGGAGCCGCAUGUGAAGAACGAAAACACUACCGAAGCAAAUGCUGCAGAGACACAAAGUGAUGCACCUGGUGCUUUUGAAGGGGAUGCAGAAAAGACGGAUGGCUGA